AUGAAGGAAUAUUUAUCCAAGAACAAUAACGCGGGGCAAGCCUUAAGAAGCAAUACGCCGUGUGCUCCUGAGCAGAUGAAAGCAGAUCUGGGACUGAUGCCUCGGUCCCCAACAAUAAGGGCAGAACGAUCAAUUUCCGCUCUUGAGACCGUGCGCUCUUUGCCGAGCGUGCUGGUUCAUUAUGAGCGGAUUGGCUUUCUUCAUUUCAGAGGGGAGAGGGCCUGGAGGUUUGAGGGAAACCAGGAGGAAAACAUCCCCAUGAAACGUUACGUGCUGGUUUCUGGGACAGAAAGCAGAAUGACAUUGGUUCUCUUGUCUCUGACCCUCAUGGUUUUUGUUAACUACGGUGGCGGCGGCUACUGGUUCUUCGAACAUGCUCCGUGGAACGGCCUUACUGUUGCUGACCUGGUCAUGCCGUGGUUUGUCUUCAUACUUGGGACAUCUGUGGCCCUGGCCUUCUACGCCAUGCGCAGGAGAGGAGUGAGCCGUGCGCAGCUCCUGAGGAAGCUCACCUGGAGGACGGCCGUCUUAAUGAUCAUCGGGGUCUUCUUCCUCAAUUAUGGCCCAUUGGAUGGACCCCUGUCCUGGAGCUGGGCAAGGAUCCCAGGGGUCCUGCAGAGGCUUGGCUUCACCUACUUCACCGUGGCUCUGAUGCAGACCUUCUUCAGUGUCAAAGACAUCCAGGAUGUACAGCCAAAUUGCCCCAAAGGGCAGUACCAGCCUCUUCCCCUCUCAGACUUCUUUGCCUUUUUUGUGCCACCACUCAGGGGCCUGCCAACUGCGGUUGGUCGUUGGUGGGCUCCACUCAAGGACAUUCUUCUCUACUGGCCAGAGUGGCUCAUCAUUGCGGGCCUGGAGAGUCUGUGGCUCUCCCUGACCUUUCUAUUGCCAGUCCCUGGAUGCCCCAGAGGCUACCUGGGUCCUGGAGGGAUCGGAGAUGAUGGGAAGUACCCUAACUGCACAGGUGGAGCUGCAGCUUAUAUCGAUAAGUGGCUUCUUGGAGAAAAUCACAUUUAUCACUACCCAACUUGUAAGGAACUGUACAAGACAACCGAACCUUUUGAUCCUGAAGGUGUCUUGGGCACACUUAACUCGGUGGUGAUGGCUUUCUUUGGGCUUCAGGCUGGAAAGAUUAUUCUAGCAUACCGGAUGAAGCCCCUGAGCAUCCUGAAGAGAUUUCUCAUCUGGGCCAUUCUGCUGGGGAUUAUCUCAACUGUCCUAACUCUCGGUACGCAGAACGAAGGAUUUAUUCCCAUCAAUAAAAACCUCUGGUCACUCUCCUUUGUCACCACCUUGAGCUGCUUUUCCUUCAUCCUGCUGGGCCUGAUGUACUACAUCAUUGAUGUGAAGAGCUGGUGGGGGGGCUGGCCCUUCAUUUACCCAGGAAUGAACUCCAUCUUCGUCUAUGUCGGACACUCUCUCUUGGGAAGCUACUUCCCAUUCAACUGGGAAAUGAAGUCUCCAGCCUCACACAUGGAGCCAUUAGCCCAGGAUGUUCUGGGGACUGCGAUUUGGGUCUUUGUUGCAUUCUUGCUCUUCAGAAAGAACUUCUUCCUAAAAAUAUGA